AUGGCUUCCGCUCGGCGCAGUUACCGGCUCGAUUCUAAAGAAAUUCUUGAUGCUUUGGUAAAUGAUGUUGACUCAGACAUUGAGGAAGACCCGGAAAUUCAAAUUGAAGAGGUAAUUCAAGACUUACAAGAGGUGGUAUCGGUCCAAGAUGAAGUAAAUGAUGAUGCUGACAUGUCAGAAAACGUAUCUGAACCAGACCAGGGACGGAGCCGGGGUCGCUCGAGACCUACACUUCGUGGCAGAACGAGAUCGCGCGGCGGACGCGUUCGGUCAGGAGCGCGCUCGACCACCCGCUGUCGCGGCGGCAGACAUGCAACAACUUCUAUCAGGGAAAUGGAUGAAGGUAAUGGAUGGUCAUACCAAGCAGCGGAGCAGCCGCCAGAAAAUCCAGUAUUUCAAGAAAUAUCUCGCGUAUUAGCUCCGAUUGAUGAAAAUUCGUCACUGUUCGAUUGUUUCUCAAUUUUUUUUCCUGAUUCUUUUUGGAACUUGCUCAAGACUGAAACAAAUCGUUAUGCAGCUCAAAUGAAGGCUAAACAAACGCGACAAGGUAUCCUGAAACCUGGCACUAUGCUUUAUAUAUGGAAACCUGUCACGAAACAGGAACUAAAAACUUUUUUUUCCAUAGUGAUUCAUAUGACACUCGUUCAAAAAGAAAGUUUCGAUUCUUACUGGUCAACUCGUGAAAUAAUAGAAACUUCAUUUGCCAGAAAGCACAUGAAUAGGAACCGAUUCAGAGCUAUUUACAGCUGUCUUCAUUUGAACGACAACUCAAAUUAUAAACCACGUAAUGAUCCCGAAUACGAUGCUUUUUUCAAACUCCGACCGUAUUUCAAUGAACUGUGUUUUCUGUGUGAGAACAGUUUUUAUCCCAACGAAAACUUGACGAUCGAUGAGGGCACUUGUGGAUUUAGGGGUCGAGUGCACUUCAGAGUUUACAAUAAAGAUAAGCCCGAUAAAUACGGUAUGAAAGUGUACAUGCUUUGUGACGCGGAAACGGGCUACAUACUACGCAUGGUUCCCUAUGUCGGCGACUCGAAAUCUGUCGAGACUAUUAUCACGGAAUUGAGUGAACCAUAUUUUGGUAAAUGGCACACCAUUUAUAUGGAUCGUUUUUUUACGAGUCCGACAAUUGCAGACUUACUUUGGCUGAAGAAAACUCGCACUGUCGGCACAGUGAUGGCAAAUCGUCGUGGUCUGCCACAGGAUUGGCGACAACAAUCUUUGGAAAAAGAUGAAAUGGCUUUUUGUCACCGCGGAAAUCUAACUGCCUGUAAAUGGAGAGAUAAGCGUGAUGUACUUAUACUCACGACGAAACAUGGAGCUACCUGGACAGAGGUGGAUGCAAAAGUCAAAGGUGUGGGCGUAACCAAAAAGGUGAAACCAGACUGCAUCCUCGACUAUAACCAUUAUAAAAUUGGCGUAGAUCUCAAUGACCAAUAUGUGUCCUAUUAUUCGUUAAAUAGAAAAAGUAUGAAAUGGUGGAAAAAAAUGUUUUUCAAUUUAGUAGCGCGUUCUCUGGUAAACGCUUACAUUUUAUACAAUAAAUCCAGAGAACAACGACGCCGCCUGCGAUUCUCGCAGUUUCUGAUGGACUGUGGUGAACAGCUGGUGGAAACUGCAUCAGAUGCUGAAGCAGGACCCUCCCGUGGUCCACAUGCUGUCGGGACUAGCACGAGGCUCGUCGGCAGGCACUUCAUGGAGAGGAUUCCAAGCUCGGAAAAGAAAGAUAAAGUCGCACGAGUUUGCAAAGUGUGUGCCGACAUUUUAAAAAAAGAAACCGGAAAAAGGGGGCGCAAAGAGACCAUUUAUUACUGCCCAGACUGCAAUGUUCCCCUGUGCUACUAUCCCUGCUUCAAAAUAUUCCACACAAAAAAAAAUUACGUUACAUAA